AAAUCAGGUGCAUUGUGUUAAGAGAUGCUAGGCCAUGCACUAGGCUGUAGCAGCUCUGCGAGAGGUCCCAGUCAGUGUUCAUGUACCUGCUGCUAUGGUUGUUUGUCUGUCCGUUAUUUGUCUCCGUCUCUGCUCAAAUGUGUCAGAAUUACGGUCGACAAUGUUUUAGUCACAGUGACUGUUGUGGGGGUUGCUGUAGGAGCAACAUAUGUGUUGAUUCUACCCAGUUGUGCAGCACACGUAUAGACGAAUGUGAGACCACCUAUUGCCCACCAGGCUUCAGCUGCACUCUCUACCAGAGACCUGGUUGUCCAGGUUGUGCCAUUGUCCCUUACUGCAGACCAGCACAGAUCCUAUCCACCCAGGGGGUGGGUCAAGUCCUUGGAAAAAGGUCUCAGAAACUGUGACAUUAUUUUAGCUGAUGCUACUGUAAACAACAUGAUAGUACAAGAUAACAAACCUGUAAUUAGUUUAUCAACCAAAUAAAUUUACAACCACUAAAACGAUGGGGAAA